UUCUACAAAGAGAACAGUAGACAAAUGUGAGGAAUAGCUGCUCACUUUAACAUUAUAAAUAAAAAUUAUUUUGAACUGUCAACCUCUAAAGAGCACUCCUAGGCAUUAGAAACCACAAAAUAAAAAUCAAUUACAAGAUCUCUUUGCACUUGCUGGGGCAGUAUCAUUAUUCUAACAAACUUUAUCCUCAGCUUUGCUGCAGAGGCCAUGAGCUGCUGGAAGCAAGAGAAAGCCAACACCUGGGCUUUUCCCACCCUGAUUCUCUGCCUCUAUGGAUUCUUCUACAUGAUGAAACCAUCAGAACCUUUCCUAACACCCUAUCUAACAGGACCAGAUAAAAACCUGACCACAGAUGAGGUUACCAACCAGAUUCUGCCAGUUUGGACAUACUCCUACCUCGCUCUGCUUUUCCCAGUGUUCCUGCUCACAGACUACGUGCGCUACAAGCCCGUCCUCCUCCUGCAGGGCAUCAGCCUCAUCGUCACGUGGCUCCUGCUGCUCUUUGCACAUGGAGUGCUGGCCAUGCAGCUGGUGGAAUUCUUCUAUGGCAUGGUCACAGCCACCGAGGUGGCCUAUUACGCCUACAUCUACAGCGUGGUCAGCACCCAACACUACCAGAAGGUCACCAGCUACUGCAGGAGUGUCACUCUGGUGGCAGCCACCGUGGCCGCCGUGCUGGGACAGCUGCUGGUGUCCUUAGCACACGUCUCCUACUUCUACCUCAACGCCAUUACCUUGGCUUCCGUGUCCCUGGCGUUCCUGUGCGCGUUCUUCCUGCCCAUGCCCCAGAGGAGCAUGUUCUUCCACAGGAGAGAUGCCCCUGAGCCUCUGCCAGGGCCCUCGAGCUGCCAAGAGGAAAGGAGCCCCGAUGCUGCUGCCAGGGCCCCGACCCCCCAGCCCCAGGCUGGCAAUGCCGGGCCCCACAGGCACAUGCUCAGCGUGCUGCUGCAGCUGGGCAGGGACCUGAGGGAUUGCUACGGCUCCCGCAAGCUCCUCUACUGGUCCCUGUGGUGGGCUCUGGCCACGGCCGGCUUUAACCAGGUGGUGAAUUAUGUGCAGCUGCUGUGGGACUUCCGAGCCCCCUCGCACAGCUCCGCAGUGUACAAUGGAGCUGUCGAAGCAAUAGCAACUUUUCUGAGCUCACUAACAUCUUUCCUAGUACAGUAUGUGAAGAUUAACUGGGACUAUUUUGGAGAACUGGCUUUAGGGAUCUUCUCUGCAAUAGAUGCCAGUUGUCUGUUUCUCAUGCACUUCUCUACCAGCAUCUGGGCAUGUUAUGCUGGAUAUCUCAUUUUCAAGGCAUGCUAUAUGCUCCUCCUGACAAUAGCAACGUUCCAGAUCGCUGUCAAUCUGAGCAUGGAACGCUAUGCCCUGAUGUUUGGAUUCAACAACUUCAUUGCCCUGCUGAUCCAGACCAUUCUCACAAUAGUUGUUGUAGAUUCAAGAGGCCUGGGACUGGACAUAGUGACUCAAUUUUUAAUUUAUGGCAGCUACUUCGCAGUCAUACACGGGAUUUUCAUGAUCAGAAGCAUUUGUGUGCUGGUCUCAUGCAAAUGCCAAAGGAAAAUAAUGAGAUCUUGCACAGAGCAGCUGAACCAGGCUGAGCACGAGUCAAGAGAGCAGAUUGUCACAAGCUACAUGACACGGCUGUAGGAGGCAGGCAGGCUG